CGCCGCCUUGGCGGAGCCCACAAUCGAGGAGCGGGCUUCCAUUCCCGCCGGAAAUCACACCUCCGCCAAUCACACGGGACAUCCUUCUCAUCACAAGAGAGUGCCGGGCGGAGGGGGUGUGAUUGUGGGGGGUGGCGGAGGAUCGGCCACCCCCCAAGGGGCGCAGCAGAGUAACAGUCACAAUUUGGUGUACCGCGUGGUGGGUUCACGUGGACAUCCUAGUGGUCAUCAUCCGCAUGUGAAAAAGUCCGACAGCUCUCAGCAGACCGAGAGCUCGGCUUUUAAGCACCAGCAACACCAGCAACAGCAGCAGCAGCAAAGCUCAAACGGCUCUAGCAGCAGUAUCAGUUCCAACAGUCAACAAUGGAAGAAGUACAUCGAAGCUGGUGCCGCAAGAGAGAGAGACAAGGAGGGCGCACCACCCAGCCCUAGUCCUUCUAGAAGGUCGCAGGAUAAACAUCGGAAACAGACUAUGGCUGAAUAUGCGAAUGGUGAGAAACCUCAAAAGGUUUCGUCGGGCACGUCAACCAGCAACAGUAGCAAAGUUCGUGGGGUACCACAAAGCUUUGGCUACGUUAAGAGACACAGUGCGGGCACUAGUUCGAGUCCCAAUGGCGUCCAAAAUGGCAGCAAAGAUGCUACCAGAACGGCUCAAGUCAGCGCCGUGCCAAGGACUAAGGUCAAGGUGUCCGGUGGCACACAAACGUGCACCACAGAAUUGCAAGCGAAUUCCUCGGGAUCAAAUCAGGGUCAUCACUACAAGAGCUAUAGCCUCACCGGUCCUAGCGCUAGUCAACUUUCACAGUCAGUUCGAGAUCGUCUUAUGCUGGGCUCACAAAGCCUGCCAAAACCUGGUAGUCCAGAAUUCACCGCUCUUUUUGCGUCUGCCCAUCAUCGCGAGAGAGGAGCUGGCGUUGGACCAACGAGCGCGUCAUUUUCGCCCCGGGUAUUAAAACCAUCUGAUGGUAGUCUCAGCGACACAUGCAGUAAUUACGCCGCACCUGAUCUUCAGGGCUACUAUGGCACACCCAAUAGUCCCUAUACCACUUCAUGGAUGAGACACAGCAAUACUUAUACACCCAGCGGAAGAUCUCAAGGAAUGGGUUUGUGCGAAGCAGAUAGCGUGGAAUCAUUGGGCUCGCAUCGUGCGAGCUUGACACAUGCCCGUCUCCUAAUGCACCAGAGAGAUUCUACAGGAUCCCCGGCGCCACCCAGAUUAAAUAGGAGCAACUCUAUCAGAUCCACUAAGAGCGAGAAGAUGUAUCCGUCAAUGUUGGCACGCGGAAGCGGCGCCUCAUCGUCGGUGGGUGAGGAAGUCGGGAUGGGUAUGGGAGUUGGAGUCGAGCCAUAUUACAGCGUUCCUGUGGGAUCGGCGGGAUGCACCGGCCAACAUUGGUCCCAGCCAACGUCACCGACGCCCACGCACACCUCACGGCAGCCGCCUAACUUGUACCAGCACGUACAUAAGGACGACGACAUUCAUGGUUCUUCGGUAUCCUUGGUGUCCACUACGAGCAGUCUUUAUAGUUCGGCUGAGGAGAAGCAGGCGCAUGAAUUGAGAAAAUUGCGUCGUGAAUUACUGGACGCUCAGGAGAAGGUGCAUUCGUUAACCAGUCAACUUUCUACAAAUGCACAUGUGGUCUCAGCUUUUGAACAAUCACUGUCCAAUAUGACUCAGAGAUUGCAGCAACUCACAGCUACAGCCGAGAAAAAGGAUUCUGAGCUUCAGGAACUGCGAGAAACGAUCGAGAGACUCCGCAAGCAGAGUGCCGAAGCUGGAUUGAACAACGGUCCAACUGCGAACAGUGGUCGGCGUCAUACUUUAGGUGACUCCGAAUCCGGUACCACCGGCUGCACCGGCAAUAGCAGUAGCAAUAAUCAUCAGGGUGCAUCAAUGGCAAGACAGCUAUCCGCGGAUAGCGUGACGUCUCUGAACUCGUUAAGCAGCGCCUGCUCGGCCAGCAGUCAUCACAAAAAGAAGGGCUGGUUACGCAGCUCCUUCUCCAAGGCCUUCUCGAGGUCGCGCAAAAACCGGCAUGGUUCGGUUUCUGACGCGGAGGACUGCAAGGAGAGCCCUGGCGGUGAUCUGAGCGCUCCCAACAGUCCUAGACUGCCAACCGCAUCCAAACACGAGUCUUCGAGAGCACAAACCGUGAGAAGCAACGGCCAGAAAUCUCCCGAUCAUGAGAAUCCUUUGUCUGGAAGCAAGAGCAGCUCGGCAUUGUACAAGAAAGAAGAUGAAGAUGUGGAUGAAUUGAAGAAACAAUUGAGGGAGAAGGAUUUGGUGCUCACAGAUAUCAGAUUGGAAGCAUUAUCUUCGGCUCAUCAGCUGGAGUCUUUAAAGGACACGGUCAUCAAGAUGAGAUACGAGAUGUUAAACUUGAAGCAGAACAAUGAGCGUCUCCAACGACUAGUGACCUCAAAGUCGCUCACUUCCUCGCAGUCCUCUCUACCCAGUGACCCAGAUCGACGUUUCAGCAUGACUGAAGUAGCGUCGAGUGUCGCAGCAUUGUCAAACGGCGACGUCAGUUCCACGGCCGAUCAACUGGAAGAUCUUAACGUCCCGGUCGAACACUCCGUCGUGUCAUCGAGCGCAACAACUACGGAACCAGUUCUCGAGCAAGACACUGACGGCAAGAGAAUCAAUGUGGCCGUUUAUCUCGGCAGUGAGCGAAAUUUUAACUAUAAUUUGAUUACCGGGAGCUGCGCCGACGGCACCAUAGGCGAGCCACCGCAUUGUGUAAUUGCCAACGUGUGCAUCAGCAAUAAAACCAGCUGGGACGCGCUGGAUUCUAUAGUGAGACGUUGCUUCAAGGAAUAUGUUUCCCGAGUGGACCCUGUGACGAAUCUGGGUCUUGGCGUCGAAUGUGUCGCCGCGUAUCACCUCGGCGAAGCUUCCAGAUGCACUACCGAUUCUCAGCAUCCUGAGUUAUUACCCUGCGGCUAUCUAGUUGGCCACGUGAAAACUAUUUAUCUAGUGCUGUCAGGCUAUUCCUGGCUGGCGGUGGAUACCUUGAUACCGCGUUCCAUCGUUCAGCGACUGAUCUCUCUUCUGACGGAACAUCGUAGAGUGAUUUUGUGCGGUCCAAGUGGUACAGGGAAGAGUUACUUAGCUGGAAAAUUGGCACACGCUCUAGUAGAUACUGACAAUGACACGAAGGAUGCUGCUGCCGUUGCGACUUUCAAUGUCGAUCAUAAGUCCAGCAAGGAAUUGCGCCAGUAUCUCGCGCACAUCGCUGAAAGAUGCGAUUCAAAUGCUGCUGAUGAACUACCUAGGGUAAUUAUUUUAGAAAAUCUUCAACACGCAGCAUCUCUGGGCGAACUCUUCAGCGGACUCUUAGGAACUAGGCAUUCAUCGUGUCCUGCUAUUAUCGGUACCAUGAGUCAGACCACUUGUAGUACCACCAACUUGCAGUUGCAUCAUAAUUUCAGGUGGGUAUUAUGUGCAAAUCACAUGGAGCCGGUCAAGGGAUUUCUAGGACGUUAUUUGAGAAGGAAAUUAUUGGAGCACGAACUACGCGAAUGCGCCGGGACAAGGAACGCGGAAAUGGCGGCAGGAGGACCACGGCUGUUUUUAUCGUGUCCAAUGGAAGUGGCUGGAUCUCAAGUGUGGUUUACCGAUCUGUGGAACUAUUCGGUAAUACCUUAUUUAGUGGAAGCGGUCAGGGAAGGAUUGACGCUAUACGGAAGACGCGUAAGCGGGAAUGGAAAUAGCGAAUCGACAUGGGAAGAUCCAGCGCAAUUCAUCACAUCGAGCUAUCCAUGGCUUUCGACGCAUGCCGUGCACGGCGGCAGCGAUGCUCUUCUACGUCUGAGACCCGAAGACGUGGGAUACGAUGUCGUCUCCAGCGGGGACACUUCCGGUGUACAGAAACUUUAA